UCAAGACUAUGGAUUCUUUGGUUUCAUUCGAGUUCUCGCCCGGCAGAGUCCGUCUGGACGGGGCGCCGAUUGUGGUCGACGACGGUGACUUUACCGGUAUUCACAUCGCCGCAUCAUGUCUGGCCAAAGACUUUGAGCUGGUGACGGGUUCACGGCCGAGGAAUAUUCGAUACGAAGCUGGAGUGACAGACCUCAAUGCGACUGGCGAUGACGUGGUAAUCAUCGCCGGGAGUCUGGCGUCUCCUCUGCUGCAACGGCUGAUCCAGUCUUCUCGACUGACCGUCGGCGAGAUCGAGGAGCGCUGGGAAUCAUUCCUCAUCACCGUCGUCCACGAUCCUCUACCGGGCAUUGAUGCGGCGGUGGUGAUUGCCGGCAGCGACAAGCGAGGCGCCAUCUAUGGAAUCUAUACGCUGUCCGAAUGGAUCGGAGUGUCUCCAUGGUACUGGUGGGCAGAUGUGUGUCCGAUCCAAAGAAAGACCAUCUUCAUCUCGCCAGGCAUAGAAAGCGACGGGCCUCCGAGUGUCAAAUACCGCGGCAUCUUCAUCAACGACGAGGCGCCCGCCCUGACCUCCUGGCUGCACGAGAAGAUCGGACCGGUGUUCGAUGCCAAGUUCUACGAGCGAGUCUUUGAGCUCCUCCUCCGGCUCAAGGCCAACUUCCUGUGGCCGGCGAUGUGGGCCGGCGCCAGCUUCUUCACAGACGAUCCGCGCAACCAGAUCGUCGCCGAGGACUGGGGGAUCGUCAUCUCGACCUCGCAUCAUGAACCGAUGCAGCGCGCCAUGGGCGAGUGGUUCCAAUCCCACCCGCACAAGGAGAGCUGGUCGUGGACGAAGAACAAGGCCCCAGUCCAGCAGUAUAUGCGCGAGGGAGUCGAGCGGGCGAAGCCCUUUGAGUCCUAUCUCACUCUCGGGAUGCGAGGGGGCAGCGACGAGGCCAUGGAGGUCGACAAUCCGCGCGCUGUUCUCGAGGAGAUUCUUGCCUUCCAGCAGGGCGUCAUUGACGAUGUCUACGACGAGAAGCCGAAGCAGCUCCUCGCGCUGUAUAAAGAAGUACAGGAAUACUUUGACGACGGACUCGUUGUUCCCGACGACGUGACGCUGCUCUUCGCCGACGACAACUUUGGCACGCUGCGACGACUGCCAGUUGGCAAAGAGAUGGACCGACGAGGAGGCGCUGGAAUUUACUAUCAUCUCGAGUAUGUCGGGCAUCCGAGGAGCUACAAAUGGAUCAACAGCAACCACUGCGGCCGCAUCUGGCAGCAGCUUCAGCUCGCCCACAGCCGGCGAGCAGACCAGAUCUGGGUCUUCAACGUCGGCGAUAUCAAGCCGCAGGAGAUGCCGUUGUCGAUGGCACUGCGGCUGGCGUGGAAGAUCGACUCCAUCUCUGCCGACGACUUCUCCUCCUUCUUCCUCGACUUUUGCAAGACGAACGUCUUCCCCGUGGCAGAGGAGGCGGCCGACUUGCUGGGCGAGUAUGACCGGCUGCUUGCGAUGCGCAAACACGAGCACAUCGAGGCCGACACGUUCUCCCUGCUCAACUACGACGAGGCAGAGGAUAUCCUACUCGGCUGGGAAGACAAGCUGAGCACGGCAGAAGAGCUGUAUGCCACCCUCGACAGCGAGCAUCGCCCGGCCUUCUUCCAGCUGGUGCUGCACCCGAUCAAGGCGUCGACGAUCUACAUGCAGCUGCGCUUCCACCAGGCCCGGAACAGACUGUACGGUUCCCAGCGACGCAACGAGACCAACGCCGUCGCCCAGCACGUUCUCGCUCUCUUCGACGCCGACUACGAUCUCGCGGAAGAAUACCACGCCCUCCUCGACGGGAAAUGGAACCAUCUCCUCCGCCAGCCGCACUACGGCUACAGCGCGACGACGUGGCAUGCGCCGUCGCGGGACCUGGUCGACGGCCUGUGCUUCGUGCAGCUGCGCCAACCCUCGAAUCCCAUCAUGGGCAACAUGGGCGUCGCCGUCGAGGGACAUCCGGGCGUCCGGCCGGGCCUGGUGAACGAGGAAUCCGACCGGACGCAUCCCUCGCAACGGGAUCUGGUCGUUGGCGUCACUCUCCCGCCGUUCGACACGUAUGGACCGCAGACCCGCUGGUUCGAGCUCUUCCGUCGAGGGCCGGCUUGUCUCAACUGGUCUCUCGUUACAAGGUGUCCGUGGAUCGCUCUGUCUCCCUCCUCGGGGAGACUGGAUUCAACCUGCAACGACGUCCGGGUGGAGGUCACGAUCGACCAGACGGCCGUUCCCCUCUACUUCAACGAGACGGUCGAGGUGGCUGUCUUUUCGGAUCGUGGAGACUAUGAAGUGAUGCAUCUUCCCGUGUCUGCACGACACAUUCCGGGGCCUUUCACCGGGUUUGUCGAGAGUGACCGAUGCGUGGCCAUCACGACAAUCAAUGCAGAGACAGGGAAUGCCCUCUCGCUCUCCUUUCUAGGCCGGACAGGCGCCGUGGCCGUCCCGUUCGACUCGACAGACACCCUGCUGGAGUAUAGCGUCUACACCUUCACAGAACGCAGCACGGCCGAGAUGCUCCUCUACUUCUCCAUGGCGCUGGAUACGGACCCGACCAACCCGCUGGCAUUCCACGUCUGGUUCGACGACGACUCCUAUGGUGAGACACGGCUGAUCGAGGCGCCUGCCACGGCGGGCGACUUGCCCGAGGGAUGGAGCACCGCCGUGCAGGACUGUGUGUGGCGACGAAGCGUCAUGCUGGGCCACGUUGCGCCGGGGAGCCAUACAAUCAAGAUUCGCAUGAUGGGGGCUGGCAUGGCUUUGGAGAAGAUUGUCCUUGAUCUGGGGGGGGUGAGAGAGAGUUAUCUGGGACCUCCAGCGAGAUAUGUUUCUAUUCAUUGAUUCUUGUUAUAGAUUGAAAUAAGAGAAUAAACACAUUGCACCGAGAUAUGCAAAUAGGGAAUACCCGCUCCACACACAGACAGACCAUCGCAGCAGAAACGAGCA